AUGGAGUUUUCCGACAAAGUAUCUUCCCUGCCUAUCCAGGCUGUGGAAACCGGCGAUCACACCAGUGAUACCGAGCAUGACUGGACUGAUGAAGAGGAAAAGGUCCUAGUUCGAAGAGUGGACUUUUACGUGAUGCCUCUGUUGAUCCUCGGAUUCUUGGCCUUGCAACUCGACCGCGGAAACAUUGGCAACGCCUUGACCGAUGAUUUCCUUCGUGAUGUGGAUAUCACACAAAAUCAAUUCAACGUCGGCCAGCAACUGUUGUCAAUGGGCAUCGUACUACUUGAGAUUCCAAGCAACCUGGUACUUUAUCGUUUGGGACCCACGAUCUGGAUCGGUACCCAGGUUGUUGCGUGGGGCCUUGUGGCCACCUUCCAGGCGUUCCAGAAGGGCCUUGGACCUUACCUGGCUACUCGCCUACUGCUCGGCUUGACAGAAGCUGGCUUCAUCCCUGCCGGCCUGUUUACUUUGAGCCGAUGGUACAAGAAGGAUGAGAUCAGUAAACGUUUCGCAUGGUUCUUUCUGGGAAACCUUCUCGCCGCUGCGCUAUCCGGAAUCAUUGCCUACGGCGUGUUGCAAAUGCGAGGCAUCGGUGGUCUUGCAGGAUGGCAGUGGCUGUUCCUUAUUGAGGGAAUAUUCACAAUACUUGUUGGUAUCGCAUUCUUAACAAUCUUCCCCACUUCUAUCCCGAAGCCAGUUUCUUUGAUAGGCAUUCGAUUCUUCUCAGAGCGUGAGUCCCAUAUCCUUACGCGGAGAAUUCUUGCGGAUGAUCCAUCAAAAGCCGAGGUCAAGACACAUGUCAUCUGGCAAGAGGUCAAGAAUGUCUUCACCAACUGGCGUCUGCUUCCGCACGUUGCCCUGACCAUAUGCGGUCUAGCACCAGUCUCCUCGCUCAACUCCUAUGCCCCGACCCUCGUCCAGGGCUUCGGUUUCGGUCGAUUAGAGUCGAAUCUCCUCGUCUCUGUCGGGUACUGGAUAUUGCUCUUCGUCAUCCUGCUCUGGGGUUGGGCUUCUGACAAAUUACGAGUGAGAGGGCCGUUCGUCCUCUUGGGUCUGACUCUGCUGUUUAUUUUCAAUGUUGUCAAUCGCUGCAUCAUCACGUCGCAAAGCGCCAUUCUUCGCUAUGUCAUGUUGGCAGCCACGAUUGCCAUAUCCUGGCCCUGGCAUCCUGUGAAUGGUUCCUGGCUUUCGCUGAAUGCGAAAACCCCCGGGGAGCGUUCCGUGACAAUGGCCAUCCACAUCAUGUCUGCCAACUGCGCCGGCAUCGUGGGUGGGCAGCUCUUUCGGUCAGAAGACAAGCCUCUGUACCGCAAUGGCUGGACAGUCAUAGUCUGCUUGUCGGCCGCAUCUGUUGCCUUUGCCCUCGUCGCCAACGCUGUGUACUAUCUUGGGAACCAGAGAAAGCUCCGUCGGUCUGGGACCCGCUUCUCCUACUAA